CUUUCCUCCCAUCAGCCUUUGCAGCAGCUGCUCAGCGGCGCUAGCUGCUAAGCUAGUUUAGGUAAUCUGUCAGCCUGCAGCUAAAUCCACGUACACUGCUGGGCUUUACACUCUUCCGGAAUACUUUCCUUUCAUGGGUAACGUCAGAUUUUAUCAUUAUGAGACAAGGUGCCAAGGUCAUACGCAAACGGUAGUCGAGGUUUCGGGCAAAAGUGAGCGGUUAGCAGCGAAAUAUCAGCCACGUAUUGUCUUAAUGUUAUCAGUCAAUACUUGCUAUCGCCCGUAAUCACCGACAUAAAUGUUCAGCGGAACAAAACGACAGAUGUAACAGCUGUUUAUCCUAAUUUAUCAGUAGCUUCCUUUGCAGUCCUCAUACUAACCCUUUUCCGACACUUGAAUCGAGUUCACAGAGCUUCUAGUAGACGUAACCUGAUGGUACAUUUGACAGCUAGCGCUAGCUUUUUUUAUUCGUAAUUUUUAACGUUAGGCAGUAAGUAUGGUAAUUAAAGUUUGACAGUCUCCGUUAGAGUGGCUAAAAUAUUAAUUAUUUUUUGAAGAAUCUGCUGUCGUCUGUCUGAGCUUGUGGGAAAUAAUUUCCGUAUACAAAUAUUUCACUGCGCUUAAGUUUAAAGCAACCAAGUGUCUUUUGGCUAGCUGCCCGGGGAUAGCAAAAGUCUUUCAAGUUAAACCUUAUCACACGCGUCAACCCUCAGUCAGUAUAACGAAACGUGCAAUUUAGGGAGGAUUUGAUUUUACAUGUACAUACACGCAUAGACUGUGAUGGCUUCUCUAGAAGCUAACUCUUUAUAUGUCGUCAUGUGAACAGCCUUAGGAUCAGCUCUGCAUUUCCACGUUGUCACAUGAAUGAGGGACUGUGGUAUGCUCCGUCGGGCAUCCCAAUAAAUAAACCCUUUCAUGUGGGAUGUACUCUGGCCCAGAUAGUCUAAGGAAGAAUCUUCUUUCUUGUUUUUCCAGUCAGUCUUAGCAAAUAAAAGUGCAAGGUCAUUAUCCAAAGUCCUUGCGCUAAUUCUAAAAUAGUCCCAGCGUACAAAGGGACCGGAUUAUUAUCGUGGAUUUGCACAGAGGAAAGCAACACCCGUUACCGCUGUAAGGAAACCUGGGGCUUUCUAUUUGGAUGGAUUUUCUCCCCCUUUGUUAGCUUUACUUGUCAGAUCCAGAAAGAAAUAUCUUCUAACAGAGACCUCUUUACUAGUGCUUCUUUUGCUCAGUGACACCCUGUCUCUUAAAAAGUUUGGCUAAAUGUCUAUUUUGCAAGUUUUAUUAAUCUAAAAUUUCCCUAACAGCUGAAGAAGACCCUCUAAUGUGAUUUCAACUUGGCACUUGUGAUCAAGGACAGACUCGCUGUCCAUGCUGCCACACUGGAUAUGCAGUGACUCUGCUGCUGAGAGAGGAAUGACAUUUGUCUCAUUGUAAUUCCUGGAGCUGCUUUGGGAACAGUUUGGGCUUGAUUAAAAAAAGCUAACAAAAAAUCUAGAAAAAACAAAGUUGCUGUUCAGAGCCAAGUUGGUCUUUUCUUCCACAGCCUGCUCUUUUACACUUUCACUGCCUAGUGUGCAAACUGUUACGGCCCUUGGGGCCAACUGAGAAAAAGGGGACUCUAGCUGUAGUGGAUUAGACUCUGCCGUGGAAAAGGGACUGGACCAAGAGAGCAGGCCCACAGCAACACGCAUCAUGCUGUGGGUACACUAGGUUCCCUGUCUGAACCGCUUCUGUGUGGCACUUUUUUUUUCUUUUCCUGCAAUCUCAUUGAUUUGGAUGGUUGAGCACAAGGGCCACUUUGAAGGAGACCACCGGUGGCUGUGGUUUGGCCAGAGCUGUCAGACUUCUUGCCAGCUAUUACUGAUUUAGUACCCUUGUCCACUGCUACUGCUGCUGUAACCUCUUCACUGUGGUCUCCAACAUGUCAAGGUCAUUUUUAAAAAAAAAUUGAAAGUCUGGAAAGAAUAUCGCUUCAGAGGAGGAUGAAGCUGAGGAAACAGGUGACGGUGUGUGGAGGGGCCAUAUUCUGUGUGGCUGUGUUCUCACUUUAUCUGAUGUUGGAUCGAGUCCAACAUGACCCUGCACGGCGACAGAGCGGCGGGAACUUUCCACGGAGCCAAAUUUCAGUCCUGCAGAACAGGAUUGAGCAGCUGGAGCAGCUCCUGGAGGAAAACCAUCAAAUCAUCAGCCACAUAAAGGAUUCUGUAAUGGAGCUCACAGACACAGGAGCUGUCUCUCCCAGUGGCCACCUGCCAUUCAGAAGUGCCAACGGUUCCUGGGUCCUACCCUUCGAUGGUCGUCCCACUUUCCUUGCUGUUAAGCCGCAGGAUUGUCAGUUUGCUGUAGGCAACAGAGAUCAACGAGACGUCCAGAUGCUAGAUGUGUACUCCCUCCUCAAAUUUGACAACCCUGAUGGUGGUGUAUGGAAGCAGGGCUUUGACAUCACUUAUGAACCUAAUGAGUGGGAUAACGAACCACUGCAAGUAUUUGUGGUCCCUCAUUCGCACAAUGAUCCAGGUUGGGUCAAGACUUUUGACAAGUAUUUCACAGACCAGACGCAACAUAUUUUAAACAACAUGGUGGUGAAGCUGGCUGAGGAUCCUCGCAGGAAGUUCAUCUGGUCUGAGAUUUCAUUCUUCUCCAAGUGGUGGGAGACUGCAGAUGUACACAAACAGGAGGCAAUGCGCAAACUGAUCCUCGGAGGACAGCUAGAGAUUGUGACAGGAGGCUGGGUGAUGACGGAUGAAGCCAAUGCCCAUUACUUUGCCAUGAUAGACCAGCUCAUUGAAGGGCAUCAGUGGCUGGAGAGUAAUCUAGGUAUAACUCCUCGCAGCGGGUGGGCUGUAGACCCGUUUGGUCACAGUGCUACUAUGCCCUAUCUACUGAAGAGGGCCAACCUGACCAGCAUGCUCAUCCAGAGGAUCCACUACUCCAUUAAAAAACAUUUUGCCUCCACCCGAAAUCUGGAGUUUAUGUGGAGGCAGGCAUGGGACAUGGGGUCAAACACAGACAUCUUUUGCCACAUGAUGCCCUUUUAUAGCUAUGAUGUACCUCACACCUGUGGACCUGAUCCAAAGAUCUGCUGCCAGUUUGACUUCAAGAGGCUACCAGGCGGAAGGAUAAAUUGUCCCUGGAAAGUGCCACCAAAAACUAUUGUGGAAGCCAACGUAGCAGAGAGGGCACAGCUGCUCCUGGAUCAGUACCGUAAAAAAUCGAAACUCUACCGCAGUAAGGUGCUCCUUGUUCCUCUGGGGGAUGACUUCCGCUAUGAUAAAGCCCUUGAGUGGGAUCAGCAGUAUAUCAACUACCAGAAGCUGUUUGACUACAUGAAUUCUCACCCUGAGAUGCAUGUACAAGCACAAUUUGGGACUCUCACAGACUACUUCAGCGCUGUAUACAAAACAAACGGCGUGGCCCAGGGAUCCAGGCCGGCAGGCUACCCGGUGCUCAGUGGAGAUUUCUUUGCCUACGCAGACCGUGAAGACCACUACUGGACUGGUUAUUUUACCUCCCGACCCUUUUACAAGAGUAUGGACCGCGUCAUAGAGUCCCAUCUCAGGGGGGCAGAGAUCCUCUACAGCCUGGCGGUUGCAAAUGCUAGGCAUGCGGGCAUGGAAGGGCGUUACCCGGUUUCGGAUUAUUCCCUGCUAGUGGAUGCCAGGCGCUCCGUUGGCCUCUUCCAGCAUCACGACGCCAUAACUGGCACAGCAAAAGAAAAUGUUGUCAUCGACUACGGCACCAAAUUACUGCGGUCACUUAUUGGUCUGAAGAGAGUGAUCAUUAAUGCUGCUCAUUUCCUGGUGAUGAAGAACAAAGAGUUUUAUCGCUUUUACCAGACGGAGCCUUUUCUGGAGACGGAUGACAGGCGUGCUACUCAAGACUCUAUGCCUCAGCGCACUUUAAUCGAGCUGGACCCUGCAGGACCAAGGUACCUGGUUAUGUUCAACCCAGUUGAGCGAGAGAGGCUAUGCGCGGUGACCGUGUUGGUUAACACAGUCAGGGUUCGGGUGCUUACUGAGGAUGGACAGACGCUUCCCGUACAGCUGAGUGCUCAGUGGAGCUCUGCGAGUCAGAUGAGUGCAGAGGUGUUUGAGGCGACAUUCAUGGUUCGUCUCCCACCUCUCGCUCUGGCUGUUUUCCAUCUGUAUGACUCUCCGGACUCACCCAUGACACUACGUUCGGACACUCUACUCAGGCUAUCUGGUCGGGGUGUUGCCGCCAGAGCUGUGGACCCGCUUCCUGUCCGCUCUCAGCAAGCCGACUCUCAGACCUUCUACAUCAGCAGUCAGUCUCUAACGCUAGGCUUCUCUGGAACCACCGGCCUGCUGGAGAGUAUCAAACGCAAGGAUGAUCCUCAGGAAGUGAAGGUUCAGAUGCAGUUCAUGGUGUACGGCACUCGUCCUUCUAAAGACAAGAGUGGCGCUUACCUCUUUCUGCCAGAUGGAAAAGCAAAGCCUUACCACCAGAAAGAGCCACCUGUGGUGCGAGUUGUUGAGGGGCCUCUUUUCUCUGAGGUGGUGGCACACUACCAGCACUUUCAACAAACCAUCCGCAUCUACAAUGUGCCAGGGGUGGAUGGUUUAUCAAUAGACAUCACCACCAUGGUGGACAUUAGAGAUCAGACCAAUAAGGAGCUGGCCAUGCGACUGGUCACUGACAUCCAGAGUGGAGAGGUCUUCUACACAGACCUCAAUGGCUUCCAGAUGCAGCCUCGCCAACACUACCUGAAGCUGCCCUUGCAAGCCAACUUCUAUCCCAUGCCCAGCCAGGCGUACAUCCAGGAUGGCAACUACCGCCUCACGCUGCACACGGCUCAGGCUCUGGGUGUCAGCAGCCUGGAGAGUGGCCAGCUCGAAGUGAUUAUGGACCGACGACUGAUGCAGGAUGAUAAUCGUGGGCUGGGUCAGGGCUUGAAAGACAACAAGAAGACGGCCAAUCGUUUCCGGCUGCUGCUGGAGAGGAGAUCAGCCAGUAACAAGAUGACUGACAGUGCAACAACCAGCUUCCCAUCUGUACUCAGUCACAUGACCAAUGCCAUGCUGAACCAUGAGGUGUUGGCCUUACCCAUUCUGCCCAAAAGACGCGGCAUCCCUCCUCUACAAACCUUUGCUCCCCUCAAGUCCAUCCUCCCCUGCGACCUCCACCUGGUGAACCUCCGCAGCAUCCAGAGUCAGCAGGACCCCCUGUCUCCCUCUCCAUACACCGCUUUGAUUCUUCACCGUCUCGCGCUGGAUUGCAACUUCGAAGCUCAGAACCUCGGAUUCAACUGCACCACCACUCAGGGACAGCUGAGCGUGUCGGCUCUGUUCAAGAACCUGGACCUACAGCUGCUUCAGCCCAUGUCACUAACUCUGAUGCACUCCGGCACACCUCUGGCCAACAACACCACCAUCACCCUCGAUCCCAUGGAGAUCUCUGCCUUCAAGCUCAAGCUGCGAUAAGAACGGUGCCGAUCAAAAGAAACCCUCUAAGACUCCUCGGACCAACAACCACCUCCCACGCCGAGCAUGGGCUGGCAACGGAGGGGUCUGGGACUCUGUUUUUUUUUUGUUUUUGUUUGUUUUAAAGUAGAACCACAAACGCUACAAGAGAGAGAGGGUCCACUGUAACAGGACUGACUGCACAGCAGGGGGCAGGCGAUAGCCGUUACUGCAGAUGGCUCAAAGAGCAGCUGAACCCGGGUGAACUUUUAGCUGUUCCAAAAUGACAAAGACGGGCAGAAUCACUCAUCAGAUUCAGCCGGGUGUCUGUUCAGUGUUGGUGGUCGAAAAAUUAAGGGUUCUCCUUUGCAAGGAGUUUCUUUUUCUAUCUCUGCUUCAUCCUGCACUGAACUACUGAAUGUAAAUAUUCAAAAUGACAACAAAAAAAAAGAGCCCGGGACGCGUGUCACAUCAGAGUGCAAUUUGCAAAGCUUUAUUUAGAAAAUGGGUUCUUAAUUUUGUUUUUCCCCCACAAAUGCAGCGAAGAUGAAACAGAUCAGUGUUUUGAUUUUGAACCGUUAUAAGGUUGACUGACAUUUUUUUUUCCCCUCCUUUUUGACAGUCUCAGUUGCAGCAAAGAGAAUGUGAGGUCUUUUUUUUUUCCUCUCAUAUCUCAACUCACCAGGAGACAGAAGCUGCGAAUCCUUACGCUGCCCGAUUCCCACUUUGGUCACUAUGUGAUAACCGUGCGAUCAUUAAUCAUACUGGGUGACUGUUUACCUGUCCACUGUUUCUCCUUGUAGAUAGGAAACUUUCUUUUUCCUCUUCCUGAGCUUCCUCUUCACGGAUGAAAAAUGUGUGGAAAGACUGAAUUUCAAGCUCCCGUUGGUCGUUCCUGUGCUCGUACUUCACUGUUGAGAGUUUGGGCUGUACCAUACUGUAUGCAGUAGAAGAUUAGACAAAGUCUAUACCUCAUAUAUACCAUGCAGCAGAUAUAUUGGUACCUGUGUGUCUGUGGAGUAUGUUUAUGUGAAUAUAUGAAGGUUUGUUUUCUUUUUUU